AUGAUCACUAUAAGUGAUGAAAGGAAUGUAGAGGAAGUGCACACACAAACAGAACACUUCCACGACAAUCCAAAGGAAAAGUAUGAAGAGAGAAACCACGCACCCCAUCCCACACAUAGGGAGGAGCUAAAGAAAGGGGAUACCCUAAAUCCAUAUGCACCCUUUCCCCAAAGACUCAAAGGUGGUAUAGCAAGGAGAAUGUAUUCAAGGUUCCUCGACAUGUUUGCAUCUCUUGAUGUAAAUAUACCAUUCAUUAAGGCCCUCCAACAAAUGCCCUCCUACAUCAAGUACAUAAAGGAGCUGCUGGCCAAAAAGAGUUCAUUGAAGGGUGGGAAAACAAUAAAGAUGAACAGAGAGUGCAGUGCUCUCAUUCAAAUAGAGCCACCUACAAAGAAGAAGGAUCCAAGGAGUUUUCAUAUUCCCUGUGCUAUAGGAGAGACAAUGAUUGAUAAAGGGCUCUAUUUUGUUAUCCUGGAGAUGGAAGAGAAUCACAUCCAUCCCAUCAUCUUAGGGAGGCCAUUCUUAGCCACAGCCAAAGCGCUUAUAGAUGUGGAGCGAGGAGAACUACUCUUAAGAAUACAUGAUGAACACCUCACCUUCAAUGUCUUCAAACCCUCACAAAAAGCAGAUCAUGAUAACAAAGAGUCAAAGGAAGACCACAGUAAGGAGCUGAUGGAAGAGACAAGCAUGGGAACACAAGUAUCACACCUGAAAACCCUGAUGGUUGACAAGCAAGGUGGUCAGAAGGAGCAAUAG